UGUGUGUGUGUGUGUGUGCGAGCAGGAGUGUGAUGCAGGUGUGUGAUGAGGUGGAGUGUUUGGAGAAAACUCUGCUGAAGAGACGAGCUGAACUCCGUCAGGCUGACAGGCUGCUGCUGGAGGCUCAGAGCUGCAUAAACACCAGCAGACAGCAGGUCUCUGAGGUUCAGCUGGAGGCCGACGUGCUGCAGCACCGAGCUCAGGAGAACGUCACCUGUCUGCAGGAGAAACUCAGGCAGCUGCAGCUGGAGGUGCAGCAGCUGAGGAUGAGGAGGCAGCAGGAGCAGCAGGUGGAGGAGGAGACUCAGUCAACUGCAGACAGGUAAGUGACACCUGCACAUGUUAGUUGUAGUUGGAGAAACUGCAGCAGUCUGCUGG